UAAUAUUGUUGUAAAAUUUCGGGUCAUAUAAUCAAUAAACGUUGUUCUUCCCCAAAAACCCUUGUGAAAUCUUCUUGGAUGGGGAAGGCAGAGAAGGAGCGGCUGAAUGAGUUAUUAAUCCAACAUCUCAACACAAUCCAUGAAACCUUUCAGGUUUUGGAUCAAUCACCGCCAUCUUCUCUACAAAAAGUAAGCUGGGAUGAGGUCAUCAAACUGGGAGAACAGCUCUACAAACAGGCCACUACUGUGGGAAUGCUUUGGACCGGAGCAGGGCCGGACGCCAAAUCACUCGAGGAAAGCAUGGGGACGUAUUCCAAUUUACUUCAAGGCUUCCUUCUACUUUCACACGGAAGUAUGAUCGGUGCAGGAACUACUCUUACUUCUUACAUCCACGCAUCCGUAAAGCAAGUCAUCGACUGCAGCUUUAUGCUGUUAAAAGAAUCAGUGGCCUCUUACGGAAACAACAGUAAAGCACACCAACUCUCGAUUCCCCAGAUUGUUGGCACUGUUUGGGAAGCGUGUUCAUCUCUUAAGAAAACCCCCGGGACAAAUGUUACCGCCAUAGGCCGAUCCAUGACUCAGAUAGCAGUUUCCAUAACCGACGUUCUUCGUGAAAUGAAGGAGCUUAAGCCCGCUUCUUCCGACCCGUCUGACGAGGUUUCAAAGCCCGAUAACGAUACCCGCGACAGCGACAAUUCGUCAGAGGGAGAUUUAGGAACCGACUUGUCACCUGAAGAUAUGAAAAUUACUGAAUUAGCUAUUGAAGUCGUGUCUGGAACGCUUUUAACGAUAAAAGAAACGAUUCGCUCGAUAACCGGUCUACUCAAGAACCCUCGAACGGAAAAAGAUAGUAGUCAAACGGUUAACUCGUUGGAGAAAUUAUUGGAUGUUUGGAGAAAUAUGGGAUUGCAAGUGGAUGAGAUUGGAGCGUGUCUUUAUCCCCCUCAAGAAAUUUCUGCCAUUAAAACUGCUUCGGAGAAAAUGGUGAGCUUUGUUGGUGAAUUGCAAGAACAACUGGAAAUCGUUAAUGGAUCUUCGGUUGCUUUUGUUGACGCAAGUAAUGGUUUAAAGAAUUCUCUAAAGAAACUUGAAUUAGGGUUAGGGUGCUCUAAUGAUGAUGAGGAUGAUGCACUUGUGGGUGAGAUGAAGAACCUUGAGAUAGAUUCUUCUUGCCAUUAGUGUUUUUGGAUGAAAUUAGUAGUGGUUUUGUUGCAAAAGAUAUUGUGUUUUAUGAGUUUAAAACAGGUGUAUUAAACAAACAGGUUUUGUGGAUGAAAUGAUAAUGUUUUUAUUCUAGUUUA